CUACGUUCCACGUUUUCUGCUAUGGCUAAAAAAGGCAAAAGUCAGUUAAAGCGAAAAGCACAAAAGACUAGUCAGGUCAAGAUAUCUAACAAAAAUCGUAAUCGAGCAGCAAAACAAGGGAAGCUGAAGAAGAAACAAAAUGUCAAGAACCCACAGUUGGAAAAAACGCAACAUGCCAGACCUAUCAUUCCACUGGAGACAGUAGAAGAAUUACCAUUGGAGGAAGAUGAUGUCUCAUUUUAUGGAACGCCCGGACGAAACAUCAGCUUCCUUUCAUCUAUAUCCAAGGUUGAUUCUGAGGGCGAAACCCCUCGACAGAAGAGGAAGCGCAAGAAAGAUGAAGAAAUGCAGGAAGACUCUUAUGAGCAGGUUCCAAGAAAACAGUUCAAGGCAGAGAAAGUCAUGCAAGCACUACUGCCCAUCAAGAGUAAAAAAGGGAUUAUUCAAAGGAUGGUGGAGUGUGACGAGCCAAAAGAAAUAGAUGAAGGGAUUGAGGACAUGGAAACAGAAGAAGUGGAAGAACAAGUGGAACCCCUUCCUGAGCUCAGCACCGUGGAACUUUACGCUCUACGCCAGAACAAGUUGAAAGAAAGGAAGGAUAGGAUUGCUCGCUUGGGCAGUGCUAUCAUGGAGAAUCCGGAGGAAAAUGUGACCAAGUUGCGUGAGUUGCGUGGUUUGAUGGACGAACCUGAUUCCGAUAUCUUCAUCACCAUCAGGAAGUACGCAAUGAUCUCUCUCAUGGAGAUCUUCAAGGAUAUACUGCCUGACUACAGAAUACGUGUGCAGACAGAGAAAGAGAAAGAACAGAAGCAAAAGAAAGAGACUGCAGCUCUGAGAGAUUUCGAGCAGACGCUGGUGAGGAAUUAUCAACUUUAUCUCCAGUUCCUUGAGCGAAUGAUAGAAGGCAAUAAGAAAGUAAAAAAGAAGAAGAAGAAAUACGAGGAGGUGAAGAAAACGUGCAAGGAGUUCAUCCCUGAGGCAGCAGAGAAGAGUCUCAGAGACAUCUCCAUCCAGUGCAUGUGUUCUUUGCUCGCCUCUCACCCAGAGUUCAACUUCCGGUCCAAUAUGAUUGCUACACUUGUACCUUUUAUGAAUAAUGAAACUCCAGAGAUCGCUGAUCAGGUUUGCGACUGCUUCAAGGAAGUGCUGAAGGCAGACAAGAUGGGGGAGAUAUCGUUAGAGAUGGUGAGAUUGGCCAGCAAGUACAUCAAGUCGAAGAGCCACCAGGUGAAACCAAAGGUUCUCAAUGUGUUUCUCUCUCUGAGAAUCAAAGAGGUAGACUUCGAGCACACUAAGACAGAAAACAAGGCUGCAAAGCAUGAGAGGCUGAGGAAGAUGUCUAAGCGGGAACGCAAGCGCAAUAAGAAGAUGGUAGAAGUGAAUAAGGAGCUGCAGGAGGCUGCUGUAUCUGAGGAUAAAAACAAGAGAAUCAGAUUGCACACACAGAUAUUGGAAGCAAUAUUUGUGAUCUACUUCAGGAUAUUGAAGAAGGGAACCCAUUCAGUUUUGUUAUCAACAGUUUUGGAGGGACUUGCAAAGUUUGCUCAUCUGAUCAACAUAGAGUUCUUUGGAGAUCUGUUUGCUGUGAUAUCCGACCUGUUAGAGUCUGGGAACUUGACAUUUCGAGAAUGCCUCAAUUGUGUGAAGACAGCUUUCACCAUAUUGACGGGACAGGGUUCUGCCCUCAACAUUGACCCAAUCAAGUUCUACACCAACUUCUAUAGCAAUCUGCUGAAAUUGCACUUAGGAAGAACCAGUGAAGAUUGCCUGCUUGUGUUGGAGUGUAUAGAGAUGAUGUUCAACAAGCGAAGAAAACAGGUCAAUCAGCAGAGGGCGUUGGCUUUCAUCAAGCGACUGGCGACCUUAGCACUUCAGCAGGAACCUCAUUCAUCAAUUGGCCUGAUGGCAUCAAUGCGGUUGUGCAUCCAUGCAUUUCCACGCAGUGACUUGUUGUUUGACAAUGAGGGCCACAGCAGUGGCAUCUAUCUGCCAGAACUUGAAGAUCCUGAGCACUGUAAUGCAGAGAAUACACAACUCUGGGAACUUCAUUUGUUUAGGAAACAUUACCACCCCAUAGUGCGCAUCUAUUCUGAACAUCUGUGCAAGGGUGCCCCGCUCUCUGGUGAUGGACAGCUUCAACCAGGAUUUAAAAGGCCAGUUUCUGAACUCUUCGCAGAGUACAAGCCUUCAGGGAAGCUCUUUUAUCCUCCAGUACUUAAGUCUAACAAGAAAGUAAAACAGCGCAAUUUGACAAGUCGCCUCAAAGACAAAGUAUUUGAUUUGGCAGAGGAUAGUUUGAACGUCAACAGCGAUCCAAAUGGAAUAAACUUUUAUCAAGAUUAUAUGAGAACAUUUUUCAUGAAUUCUUCUGAAGGUGAUGAAAGAAAUGGUCAUGUUCAGUAAUAGGACCCUUUUCGAAUGGCCCAGUGACCAGUACCUUGGCAUGGCCGGGAUGAUCUUGUAUUGUAUGGCUCCAUGGUGCUCUGUAGCCAAUCAGUAUGUCUUUGAUUAAAUGUAGUCUUGAAAUGCUACAUCCAGCCCUUCGAGGUACAUGUAGUGUACAAUAUUGAAGACAAUAAAUAUACAUGUAUUCUUGAUGAAACUGUCCGUCUCGUGUCCUACUUCAUGUAAAGGGAUGCACACGUAUUCAAAC